AUGACUACACUACCUAUUGGGGCUGAGAAUGAAACGAUUGCGGCACAGGCAGCUAGAAAUCUCACAUUCAUUGGGGGUAGCAUUACAGUUGAGGAGGCUCCACGACACAACAAUAGAGCUCCAAAAAAAGGUAAACAACUGUCCUACUUCCCUCCGGCAACUGAUAACUUGGGUAGGAUUGCUAGUUAUUUGGGUAAACCUUUUUGCACUGAUAGAUUGACUGCCGAAGAGGGAAGGUUAUCUUAUGCUAGAAUCCUAGUUGAGGUGGACGUUACUCAACCACUCCCUGAACAACUGACUAUAGAAGAAGCAAAAGGGAAGACAAGGGUACAAGAGGUGUCUUAUGACUGGUAUCCAGAGUACUAUAAGGACUGUAUGUGCUUGGGGCAUGUUGUGGAAGCUUGCCCUGUGAAUUUAGCUGCUGGGAAGAAUGCCAAAAACAAAGGGGUGACUGCUGAGAAGGUAGUUGAUCCUAAGCCUACUGCAGCACCUACAUAUCCACAAGGUAGAUAUACACAAGCACAACACGGGCGUUGGCAGGCCAAGCCUGGAAACCAAAUCACUCAAGUUCAGGGGGAGGUGACAAACCAAACUGGCAGUAAUGAUCAUGGUGGAGAGACACAGGAGUUGAAUCAAGGGCUAAAUCAGCCCUUCAAGCAAAAGGAGUUGAGAUCCUUUUUGCUAAAGCAUAGAAUAGAUUUACUGGGUUGUUUAGAGACAAAAAUAAAGCAAAGGAAGGUAGAAAAAUUCCGAAGGUUCUUUGGGGAAAAUUGGACAUGGUACGUAGACUAUUCCCUGGAGCCAAAUGGCAGAAUAUGGCUUGGUUGGAAACAUAGUAAUGUCAAGGUUACUGUGGUCCUAGCAAGGGCACAACUUAUACACUGCUAUGUGGAAGAUAAGGGGUCUUCUUUUGCCACUUACGUGACUUUUGUAUAUGGAUAUAAUACAAAUACUGAAAGGAAGGAGAUAUGGAACACAUUGAGGCACAUCAAUCACAUAAUAGCUGAACCCUGGCUUCUACUGGGGGAUUUUAAUACUUGUCUUUCAGUGGAAGAUAGAAUUAAUGGUACCCCUGUUCAUCAUCAAGAGAUACAAGACUUUAUAGGCUGUGUUGAAAACAUAGGGUUAGGGCAAAUGACUAGAAGAGGAUGUGAGUUCAUAUGGUGUAACAAGAGGAUGCUGUGGCAUGCUAACUUGGAGGCAUUGAUUGGUCUACCUGAAUGCUUGGACCACUCUCUUAUACUAGUGAAUACCUCUGUAGCGCAUCAGCCUAGUACCAAUCCAUUCAGACUAUUGAAUGUAUUACUCAAGCAGGAGGAAUUCAAGGCUCAGGUUGAACAAAUAUGGGAAGUUCAGGUUCAAGGCUUCUAUAUGUACAAGGUGUGGAGGAAAUUGCAACUGUUAGGUGCACAAUGUAAGCAACUCAACAGAACUAUGAAUUCCUUAGAAACCAAACUGUAUAGCUUGAAGGGUGAGCUGCAAGAGGUACAAGAGAAGCUCAGCCAAAAUAUGUUGAUGCCAACCUUAUAA